AUGGCAACGUUUCUCCGUGACCCCGAGGUCCUUAAAGCAUCCGUUAUCGCGAUUCAAGAGCCGUGGAAGAACGAGUACGACGACACCACGCACCAACCCGCGAGACGGACCCACCAGCUGCUUCAUCCGAAGGCCGUGGACGACGUACGAGCUCGUGUGGCGCUCUACGUCAACAAGAAAAUCGAUCCCGCCAUGUGGACGCAUAUCACGGUGUCCCCGGAUUACCAGAUCUUACACUUACGGCAUCUCCGUGGCGAGAUAUCCUAUUCUUUAUAUAUCGAUUGA